AUGCUCCCUUCAAGAAUCGCUAGAGCCGCCGUCCAGGCACGCACCCCCCUCAUCAAGUUCCUCGGUCCCCGUGCCGCUCUGCACGAAGCCCACCACGACCCUACCCGCCACCCUGCUGCCCCCAAGGAUGCCGAGUACCCUCUCAAGGCAGGAACCCCCACAGAGGCAACCGCUGCCUCCUCAAAAUCUUCAUCCUCUGCCGUCACUACACCCGGACCUCACGGAGUAUCAAGGCAAUUCUUUGACUUUGCCGAUCUCCCCAACCGUUACCGCCACCCUGUGCUGACCGAAGCCGAGAUUGAAGCCGUCGAGGCUGGAGGAGCAACUGCCAUCUACUAG